AUCCCAGGACAUCCAAAUAGUUACCUGACGUCAGCCCUCGGACGGAUGAGUAUUUAUUGGGAUAGUGGAGAGCCACUGUGAGAGGCAAAAAAAGGAUUACAGCUUUCCGAAGAAGCCUUCAGCUUGGAAUAGGAAUCAACUGAGAGCAAUCUUUGGGCACCAAGGACAAAAACGAUGACUUCAAGUGGAGCAGACAGCGGGAAGAGCGGACAGUACCGCGUGGACCAUCUCCUGAGCGCGGUGGAAAACGAACUGCAGGCAGGAAGCGAGAAAGGAGACCCCACUGAGAGGGAACUGAAAGUCAAUCUGGAUGAUCUGGAUCUGUGGCUUAAGUUUAAGGAGCUGACUAACGAAAUGAUCGUGACAAAGAACGGCAGGAGGAUGUUUCCCGUACUCAAAGUGAAUGUGUCGGGGCUGGAUCCCAACGCCAUGUACUCGUUCGUGUUGGAUUUUGUGGCUGCCGACAACCACCGUUGGAAGUAUGUGAACGGAGAGUGGGUUCCAGGGGGGAAGCCGGAGCCCCAGGCUCCGAGUUGUGUCUACAUCCACCCGGACUCGCCCAACUUCGGAGCUCACUGGAUGAAAGCUCCCGUUUCAUUCAGUAAAGUCAAACUCACCAACAAACUCAACGGCGGAGGACAGAUCAUGCUGAACUCUCUGCACAAGUACGAACCCAGGAUUCACAUUGUCCGGGUUGGAGGGCCUCAGAGGAUGAUCAGCAGCCAUUCUUUCCCCGAGACACAGUUCAUAGCCGUGACUGCUUAUCAAAACGAAGAAAUUACAGCUCUUAAAAUUAAGUACAACCCGUUUGCAAAAGCCUUCCUCGAUUCGAAAGAGAGAAGCGAUCACAAGGAAAUGCUGGAUGACAUGGGUGAAAGUCAACAAUCCGGAUAUUCGCAAUGUGGCUGGUUUCUGCCUGGCACAGGUGGCUUGUGUCCUCCCUCUAAUCCUCAUGCUCAGUAUGGAGGCCCUCUCUCUCUCUCCGCUCCCCAUGGCUGCGAACGCUAUUCCACCCUGAGGAACCAUCGCUCUGCCCCAUACCCUAACCCGUACACACACAGGAACAACACGUCGACUGGCUAUUCCGAUAAUUCGUCGGCUUGCCUGCCCAUGCUUCCGACCCACGACAACUGGUCGGGUCUCCAGGUCUCCACGCACACUAGCAUGCUCCCAAUGGCACACAACGCCGGCCCUGCCACCAGCUCCAGCCAAUAUCCGAGCCUGUGGUCAGUCAGUAACAGCACCAUCACCCCUGUGUCCCAGUCUGGGACCAUGUCCAAUGGCCUGAGCUCACAAUUCCUGCGGGGUUCUGCGGCCCAUUACGCACCUUUGGCUCAUCCAGUGGGCGCCACCUCCUCGGGAUCGCCACUGUACGACAGCGGGACCGGACUCGAGCUUUCUGACAGCCAGUUCGACACGUCUCCACACAGCAGACUCACUUCCACGUGGACUCCAGUGACUCCGCCAUCCAUGUGAAGACAUCCGUGUCCAUUCCAUUCCCUAACCAUUUAUUUAAGGACCUCUUGCCUGUUCUCUUUUUGGACUUGGCGUUUGCACCUCAGUGGGAAAUGCGAUUAGCAUGAGAAACAAACUUUUUUAGAGAGUUUAAAAGUUUACUAUAUACAUCAUCAGAGAUGAGAGUUGCUCACUACUACUAAGUUCCACCAAUCUUGGCGUUUAUGGAAUUGACAUUAUACAUUUUCGUUGACAAUCAAUUGUUGAUUUCAUAAGACUCCAUUGUGAUUUAGAGAAGAUAUGAAAUGAGUGGAAAAUCAUUCUAAUAAAGAACGCACGAACCUGCUUCGGGACCCUUGAAGAUAAAUACCACACUCAGCGAGUUUGUCAAAACAAAAGUGCCUUAAAAUCCAGUGUUGGCCACUGUGCAAGUCCUCAAAUGUCGACCAUUGUGGAAGAUCACCAUUAAUCUCACCAUUUAAGGACAUGGCCUGAUAAGACUAUAGAAAAAAUAAGAUAGUGGAUCAGACGUGGGUUAGAUACGUUUACUUGUUGAAUCCUUGACGUUGGGCAACAGGUAUCUGGAACUUCCCUUGAACAAGUGCAUACACUAGUAGAGAUAGAGGUACAUUAGGUUUUAUGUAAAAUGACUGAUUGUACAAAUAAUUGAACUGUUUAACAGAUGUUCUCCUUUGAGAACUUUUUUCAACCCGUUAGUUGAAAAUAUAAAUGUUUUUACUCUAUUUAUAGAGAGCUCUCCAGAAUAUAAUGUUGCAUUAAAUUAGGUGUCUGGAGACAGAAGCUAUCCCUCUUGACACCUUGAAAUCGUGUUGAAAUGUUGCUGAUUUUAUCACUUGACUGAGAAUCGAAUGCUGCGCUAUGCAGUCCCACACAUGUGUAAUAAAUUUAUCAUUCCUUUCAA